GGUUUUCUUCACUGGACAGGCGGGAAGUCUGCUACUGCUGACGUGGUGCCAGCCAGAGCUCCAUGUGCAGGUGGAAUGUUUUCAUCCUGCUCAGUUGGUUCAGCCUGAAUUCUGACGUCUCUCUUACUUAUUCGUACGAACUCUCCCAAGACCAGCACAACCAGCGGACGUGUGUUGGACCAUCAACUUCUCUCCUGUCUGAGUGAACGGGAGGGAGAGGAAAUUGAGCCAGGAUGCUCAGCCAUCUGCUGCUGGUCCUGGUGGCACUGUCUGUCUUCCUGUCUGUGUCCACUGGAGGCAAAGUUCUGGUCUUUCCUGUGGAUGGCAGCCACUGGGUGAACAUGAAGGUCAUCAUUGAGGAGCUGCACUCCCGAGGGCAUGACAUCACCGUAGUGCGAAGUUCAAACAGUUGGCACAUUAAAGCAGAGUCUCCUCUCUACACCUCUCUCACCGUCCCAAUGGGCCAGCCUGAUAACGACGAGGUGGACGACCUGGCAUCAGCACUUUUGAACAUACGCAUGAAAGGCAGGUCUGAUUCCACUGAGUCAGAAAUGAUGAAUUUGGUAAUGGAGCGGUUCUCGGUAUACACCAAGGACAUUUGCACAAUGGUGACUAAGAUGUUUGAAGACGAGAGUCUAAUGAGGUCACUCCGGGAUGCAAAAUACGACCUGGUCCUGACGGAUCCUGCUUUCGGAGGCGGGGUGUUCCUCGCACACCGGCUUCGUCUGCCGCUGGUGCUGAAUGUGAGAUGGACUGUGCGUGGAGAGGCUCACCUCGCCAUUGCCCCGUCCCCUCUCUCCUACGUCCCCUUCCCAGGGGCUGAGCUGACGGACAAGAUGACGUUCUUCCAAAGACUGUACAACGUCAUGGUUUACGUGUUCAGUCAGAACUAUUUCAGUGGAAUAAAUGAGCCGCACUACACCGAUCUCACCAAACGCUUCUUUGGUCCUGACGUCACCGAUUACUUCUCCCUGUUCCAGGACGCAGACAUCUGGCUAAUGAGGAACGACUUCACCUUCGAGUUUCCACGGCCGACUAUGCCCAACGUGGUGUACAUGGGCGGGUUUCAGUGCAAGCCCGCUAAGCAACUUCCUGUUGACCUGGAAGAGUUUGUACAAAGUUCAGGGGACGAUGGGGUCAUCAUCAUGUCCUUGGGGACGUUGUUUGCUAAGCUCCCAAAUUACGUCACAGAGGAGAUAGCUGCCGGUUUCGCGCAGCUUCCCCAAAAGGUCAUUUGGAGACACCAAGGGCCCAAACCGUCCACUCUUGGCAACAAUACCUUACUGGUGGACUGGAUGCCCCAAAACGACCUACUGGGCCACCCAAAGACCAAAGUGUUUGUGGCACACGGAGGCACCAAUGGUGUCCAAGAGGCCAUCUAUCACGGUGUUCCCAUACUGGGCUUGCCUUUGGUGUUUGAUCAACCUGAUAACCUCUCCAGAAUGGUCGUGAGAGGAACGGCAAAGGUGGUGGACAUUGCCACCGUGGACAGAGCCGCGUUUCUGGAGGCACUAAAGGAGGUGCUGUAUGAACCGUCCUACAGGGAGAACAUGCAGCAGCUCUCCAGGAUCCACCAUGACCAGCCCAUGAAGCCUCUGGACCGCGCAGUCUUCUGGAUCGAGUUUGUGAUGCGGAACGGAGGCGCCCCUCACCUUCGCACACAGUCCUUCAGGAUGCCCUGGAUUGUUUACCAUUCUGUAGACGUCAUGGUAACACUGAUGACUGCUUUGCUCCUCCUUCUGCUGAUUCUGUUCCUGAUCACCAAGAAAUGCCUCUCGGUCUUAGUUAAGAAGAAAGUGAAAUCUGUAUAACGUGUUCAUCAUCUGAAAAGGGCAAAUAACUACUACUUAUUUACAGAUCUUCUUAUACGGGGGAGAGAGGGAUUAUGUGAGACAUUUUUUAGAUGAGCUGCCCUCUAGCCAACCUUAAAUUUCCACAUUUUCCACUAAUUUAGGAUAUUACCGAAGAAUGGAAAUGAUCACAAUAUCUUCGUUCCAAAGGAAAAUUUUUAAGUGGUCAAGUGUCUCACUUUACCCUUAAGAUGGGGUAAACUUAGACACAAAGAGAACAGGAUAGCACUCCAAGCCCCUUGUUCCAUUGCCUGCCAGCAGGGCUAACGCGGUUGGUUGCCAACUUUUGAAAAAUAAUUCCAUGAAUAUAAAGCCCAUCAAAAAAGAUUAACCAGAAAUUGCAUUGUUUUUUAACUUUUGACCUUCACAUAUAGCCUAACCUUAAAGGUCAAGUUCCAUGUUGGCAACUGGGUGAUUCUGAAACCUUAGUCCAUGCUGAUAACUUCUGGCAUGGUUGCCGACUUUUAACAAGUUUUAACUAAAUAAAACUAUUAUUUGACCAUAGUAGAAAAAGAAGGAUCACCGCACACUGGUGGACUUAGUUUUUGCUGUUUUUAUUUAGGUGAACAACGCGUUUCGCAUUGCGCUUCGUCAGGUUCACUUUGACAUUCGCAUACCUCCCACAGGUGAAAUAGGUGAUUACCGGGUCACAUGACCUCACCAGAAUACCGUGACAGAUCACAAUAAAAAUAGUAAUAUAAAUAGAAAUUCACAUUUCAUAACACUACAGCCACUAUCU